AUGGGUUUUAAGAAGAACAUCCUCUUUGCAGGUGCCUUUGCACUCUGCGCCUUUGCGGCACCUAUUCCUGACUGCCCCGACGACGUCCCAGAGACAGAUGCAACAGAGUUGACCGCAGCCAACUUGAUCGCCAUCGCACCCGCCACCCAAUCCUGCGCCGGUGCGGAUUUCCCUGAUGAAUGUGCCGAUGCGACACAAGCUGCUACCGCUCUCAACAAGGCUUUCGAUACUUACAAGAUCACCGCCAAGGGCGAGAAGGCUGCCAUAGUCGCCUAUGAGAUUUUCGAGAGCGGUGACUUCAAGUACAAGAAGAACCAUUUCCCAGGCCGACCUGGUCAAGGCACGAGGAUGAUGGCGAUGCCACCGUUUGUCGAGAAGUACGCUACCGAUGUCGCCGGCGCAGACGCUGUGACCCAAGCAAAAGCUGCAGGAGAAAACGCCGGUUUGGAGGCAGUACUUGCUCUGGUCAACAGCGACGAUGAAAAGAGCUUUGGAAGUGCAGCGUGGUUCGUUACCACCCAGUGCAGUGCAGACGUUCGGGCUGGUCUUGUCGAAGGCACUGUAGAUGGCUGGCACAAGUUCUUGACUGACUGUGUUGGCACAUCGCUUGAUCCUACGCGUGACACUCCUUGGACUGCUGCCACAGCUACCAUCCAGUAA